UUCUUCACGUGUAAAAGAAGCCCUUAAAUUAUAACAUUAAACACACCUAUAUAAAUAAAAAAUAAAGGAAUAAAAGCCGUAGAAAAGUGUCACCGUCCAUGGAAAGAAACCUGUUGACAUGCUUUCCAGAACUAACCAGAAACGAGCACACUUCUUCCCUUGGCUAUACACGAAAAUCCACUGUCUAUUCUCAACCAUUUACCCUUUCCAUUCCUCUUAAUUACACCUUUUGCCACUCCCUUCCUUCUAUUUCUUCUAUAAAUGUUUAUUAUCUUUCUCUCUUCCCGCCUCUUGUAAUGUAACAAGAAAAUGUCCUCCGUCCAAUUCCGUUACGCUCUCUCUCCUCUUUGUCCCACGCUUCCGCCUCCUCGCAGGCCAAUAUUUUCUCGCACCUUUCCUCCUCGUUUUCUCGGAAAAUUGCGCGUUUUCUCGACCGCGCGGAGGAGGCGAGUUCCUUCAAUCUGCUGCUCCUCAAAAACUGGUUCCCAGCUUCAGCGGGUUUCUGUUCCUGAGGACGAUGAUCGGCCUCCGUUCGAUAUCAAUCUUGCGGUUAUUCUCGCUGGUUUCGCUUUCGAAGCAUACACAACUCCACCUGAAAAUAUAGGCAGGAGGGAAGUUGAUGCUGCUGGUUGCAAGACAGUCUACCUUUCUGAGGAACAAGUGACCCAUAUGUUGUCAUACAACUGGAUUCUCAGACCGCUAAAAGCGGUAUCAAAUGGGGGACAAAAGAGCCAACAUGGAAUGAGGAGUUUACAUUUAAUAUCAAGCAGCCUCCAAACCAAUCUUUACAGGUUAACAAGCAUGAUCACUCUUUCUCACUUACAUCUAUUCGCAGAUACAUAUUCAAUGGAAGGUAGCAUUGCAAGAUUUUGAUAGAACAGGACAUCCUUCUAUUAAAAUCGCAUACCAGAGAAAAAAAUAAGAAAAAUUAAAUUUUUAAUAGUUGGGUCAGCUGUCUAGUAGAGUAAAGACUACUAAUAGAGGAAGUUUGUUAGUACUAAGAGGAAAAUUGAAUAGUUCUGUGGGAAGGGUUCAGGUUCCUUGAAAUACCUGGGAUUUGUUCAAUUGAGAACUGUUUGGAUGAGAAGUUCUUUAAGAUCAAUAAAAAUAUUCUUGUGGUUAUUGUUCUAAAUCCAAAUCUGUUUGUUUUGGGGAGAAGUUGUGUUUGGUAGACGACAAAGCACCAACGUUUUUUUGGUAUAGGGUGAUGGGUUAUGCUUGGUGAAUAAAUGGAGGCAACUAUGGUGGCAUUAAAAAGUGAUGCACUAAGGUGGUUUCAGUGUUGGGAAUCUUGCAACCCAAAUACGGGUUUGGAAAAAUUCAAGGUGGCAUUAAUGGAGGAUUUCAACC